AUGAGGCUGACUAUGUUACCCUCAUCAAUGACGACAAUUGGACAACAAGAGCCACGGAAUGGUUCCCACGAGGGCACGAAUAUUCUCGAUGAAGACCUAUCGGGAAAAUUUUUCGAGCAAACAUGGAUGGGUCCGAUGAAGAAUCGCCAAUUUAGGAAAUGGUAUCGACUUACUUACUUGUGGUCACCGCUGACCUAG